AUGUCAAAUUGGCAAAGACGAAUGGGUGGGUUGGAUAAAUUCCUCAAUGCGCUACCCCGCAGUUUCCCACGGUCGCUUCCCAACAAGAAUCUAACCCAUUGGCUAUACUCGGAGGCCAACAUAAUCCACUUGAGCACUUCCAACGAGGCACCAAUCCCCGUUCAGUUCAUCCCUGCCCUUGACUUAGAGGACAAUCGCUCAUCCGCAGUACGAAAAGUGAGGGGAGAUGGAAUCCUCGUCCCGUAA